AUGCUUGCCAAAAUUGCUUUUGUGUUGCUUACCCUGGGAUUUGAGUCCACGAUGAUUGCUGAAGUCAACUCCGCAAACACCCUGAGUUCAAGUACAUGUCACGAAUUGUUUUCAGGGACUCUCAAGAACGCUCGAUGCGUUUCUGGUGGCAUUCCAGGCACUGAAAUCAAUUAUCAUUGUUCUGAUUGUCAUGGUGUUCCACCUACGGGACAAUGGUGCCUGUUCACCAAUGGAGCGUUUCCGAACAUAGGCAUCCCCAAUGAGAGCACGGUUUUUCGCGGUGAACGCUCCAAACCAAAUGUAGCUUGCGCCAAUUACAAAAGAGUUUACCGUGGGGGUAAAAGUAUUGGAUUUGCUUGUUCCCUAAAAGAAAACUUGGCUCCAACUCAUUGGUGCAAUGCUCUCAACGCAGGAACAAUUCGAACUUCGUAA